CACCGAUGAUUGAAAUGCUAUUCAAACCACGCCUAGCCGGCGCACACAGCAUAGCGGGUGACAAAUGGGGCGGACCCAGUAAGUAAGGGAAGGAAAACAAAACAGAAGAUCUGCGCAUUUUAUAUGGACAUAAAUACAUUUCGUAACAUACAAAUAGCUGUAAAAAUAGCUGUAACAUGCACAUAGCUUUUGAGUAUUAUUCUGGUAUAACUAGCUAAGGAGUAAUUUUGUUAGUUUCUAGCCUUUCCCCCCCCGGAAUACCUUUAAGAUAUUUUUAGCAAGGUAGCUCUAAGGUUAGCAGCUAAAAAUGACCGCAUCUUCAUCCGUUUUAGACGGGCUGCUUUUGUUGGCUCCACCUACGUGUUGAAGCGUUGUGCUCUCCGGAGUAAAACCACACAUAUCAGUUGUCACAGUCUUGUUUUUUUUUUUUUUUGUUAGCUCUGAACUCUGGUAAGUGAGAGUUUUCAGCGUUAGCUAGCGGCUAACCCAUGUGAGGCAGAAAUGAAGUGGGGGGGAAUUUUGCAAUCGAGGAAGUCUGAUGUGACAGCAGAAGGGCGAAGAUCAGAUCAUUGCCAGAGCAGAUGAAGUCAUGCCUGACGUGCCAGCGUGUGUUGCUCAAGAGACUCGUGGUCCUGGUAUAACAGCGGUUAGCAGUUAGCAGUAGUAGUGAGGGAUUUCAGCUUGUUUACAAAAUGCCUGGAAUGGUGGCGUUCGGGAGGCGCUGGGGGAUCGCCAGCGAUGACCUCGUUUUCCCCGGCUCUUUUGAGCUGCUACUCCGUGUGCUCUGGUGGAUCGGCACCUUGAUCUUGUUCACCUAUCAUAAGGGUCACUUUGAUUGUAACGGCGGAGGGGUUCUGCAUACCUACCUGGUUGGACUCUUGGUCGUGCUGGGGCUCAUCGUCCUGUCACUGUGGGCCAUUGUCUAUGUCAGUGCCCAAGGCACUAUCACUAACCCUGGCGCACGGCGCUCCAUGCCGGCCCUGGUGUACCUGCGAGCGUUGCUCUACAUCCCAGAGUUCGUGUGGGCCUGCCUGGGAGCCGUCUGGGUGUCCGACGACAGCCGAGGCUGCGCACCAGCCACUGUGGGUGCGGUCAUCACUGCUGUUAUUACCAGCUGGGUCAUCCUGCUGUUCACGGGGCUGGGUGUGGUUUUCGUCUUCGAUCCGAUGGGCAGGCGGCGCCUGCAGCCAGGCCCCGCCGAGCCGCUGGGGGUGCGGGACAUGGAGAGCAGCGGGGGCACCCAGUUCCUGUCCACGGCUCGCUCUCUGGCCACCAAGGUGUGGGAGUGCCGACUGCGGCUGCUGUGCUGCUGCCUGCCGCAGGACGAGAGCCACCGGGCGGCUUUCUCCAGCAUCUCGCAGCUUCUCAGCGACUUCUUCUCCGACACAGACCUGGUGCCCAGUGACAUAGCAGCUGGUUUGGCUCUGCUGCACCAGGAGCAGGAUAAGAUGGAGCGCAGCAGAGACCCAGAGGACAUCGUUACCCACAGCCCCUCCUCCCCUAUCGACCAGGAUCUGCAGACGGAGCUGGAGAAAGCGGCUCACUGCAUGCAGUUCGCGGCGGCGGCUUACGGCUGGCCUCUGUACGUCUACUCCAACCCCUUCACUGCGCCCUGCAAGCUCAGCGGAGACUGCUGCAGAACCCGCGCCGCGGCGUACGACGUCGUGGGAGGCGACCACCUCGGCUGCCACUUCUCCUCCAUCCUCCAAGCCACCGGACUGCAGUACAGAGACUUUAUAUACGUUAGCUUCCACAACCAGAUCUAUGAGAUCCCGUUUUUUGUGGCGUUGGAUCACAAGAGGGAAGCGGUGCUCGUAGCGGUCAGAGGAACACUGUCGCUAAAGGAUGUCCUGACAGACCUGUCUGCUGAAUGUGAGAACCUGCCAGUCGAAGGCGUGUCUGGAGCUUGCUACGCUCACAAGGGCAUGUGCCAGGCGGCGGGCUACAUCUACAAGAAGCUCGUCAACGACGGCAUCCUGAACCAGGCCUUCUCCGUCGUCCCGGAGUAUAAACUGGUGGUCACCGGUCACAGUCUGGGGGCCGGCACAGCCGCCCUGCUGGCCAUCCUGCUGCGCACUUCCUUCCCCACCCUGCAGUGUUACUCGUUCUCACCACCAGGGGGCCUCCUGAGUAAAGCCUUAGCUGAAUACUCCAAGGACUUUGUGGUGUCUGUGGUGUUGGGGAAGGAUCUGGUUCCUAGACUGAGCAUCCCCAACAUGGAGGACCUGAAGAGACGGAUCCUGAAAAUAGUCACAAACUGCAAUAAGCCCAAAUACCGCAUCCUGCUGCAAGGGUGUUGGUACGAGCUGUUCGGAGGGGACCCGGACGAUUUCCCCACCGAGAUGGACAGCAGGAGGGAGGAGCAGCUCAGCCAGCCGCUGCUGGGGGAGGAGUCGCUGGUGAUCCGCCACUCGUCGUCCUAUCAGAGCCUGGCGUCGGACGACUCCCCCGCCCACGCGGCCGCGCACUUGCCGCUCUUCCCGCCGGGGCGCAUACUGUACAUCACGGAGGACGGGCCGUCACGGAGGUCCUGCUUCUCCCAGGUUCGGUACCGUGCCGACUGGUCCAGCGAAACAGCGUUCCGGAGCAUCUUGAUCAGCCCCAGGAUGCUGGUGGAUCACAUGCCCGACGCCGUGCUCCGAGCCCUGAACAGCCUGUGCAGCGACGGCCCCUUCUCCCUCUGCCCGUCAUCGCUAAGCAACAACCCGCACAUUUCUAUGUGAGGUGCACUAAAAUAAAUAAAUAACAAUAAAAAAAAGAAGGGGGGAAGGCUCCCUCUUCACGUCCGCGCUACAAGACGACUUUUACUCGCGUGUUUACAUCCGAUCCAGGUUCCCACUACUUCCCAACCUGCGAUCCCCGUCUACUACUUCAUAUCGUUUGGUCAAGUUCCUGUUUUAUUGAGCUUCUAAAUUGUUCAAUCAUUGGAUUUAAAUUUUGAUGGGAGAUUUGAAUCUGUGGAGCUUUGCCUGAUUUGUAAAAAAAGGAAAACCCAUAGAAACACAGAGUCAUGCACUUUUUUUUUAAUGAUUUAAUGCAAGGAUUGCUCUUUUUUUUCUCCUUUGCUUUAUUUGAAGUUGCUCCAUGAGCGACUGUAUAUCAUAUUUGAAUGUUAUGUAUACAAUGUGACAGUGUGGAGUAUUUUAACUGUAAUGUCAGUGAUUUGGGGUUUUUGUGUCGUUUGAAUGGCUCAGAUGAAGAUUGACUUGUUACCAAGGGUGACUUUGGAGCGUUCUGAUUGGAUGGUGCGGUGAAGAAAAAAAAUGAGGGUAUUCAUAUUGUUGUGUUUGUGAACUGUAGAUAGGAAUGUCCUGUGAUUUUAUUUUUUUUUUAAUGUUUUGAAACAUCAGGGUGAACAGUGCCUAUGCAUUAUAUGAAAAAAAUGAAACCCAAAAACACUAAGUAAAGUUCAGAACUGCAGUUGCUUAAAAUUCGAACAUGACUGAAAGUAAAAAGUCGAAAGAUUGUGCUUUUCUUUGUGGAAUUUACCUGCUUGCUGUGGAUGUUGCCAUUCUUUUUCCAAGAAAAAAUUUCGUACCCUCUUAGGAAUGCAUUUGAAAGCUGAAAGCAAAUAAAAAGCAUUUGUGAAGUGUACACA